AUGCAAUGGAUUGCCGGUGACUUCAAAACCUCCGCCACCGUUGGCACUCGAUCAUGGGCCAUCCUUCAAAGUACUCGUUCCAUCUUCAAAUAUCCUCCGAUGCUCGACUAUGCUACGAUACGUACAAUGCCAGGAGUUAGACAAGGUACCCGUGGCCAGCGCCGUGAUGUUGACAGUGGCGCUGGAAAACCAGGACCCUAUAAUGAACCCUUUUCUGCUAUCAUUCAGUCUCAAUGCGUGGAAAGGCGGAAUAAAGCCUCCGGGCAGCUUCCUGAAANUGUUGACAGUGGCGCUGGAAAACCAGGACCCUAUAAUGAACCCUUUUCUGCUAUCAUUCAGUCUCAAUGCGUGGAAAGGCGGAAUAAAGCUUUUUGA